AUGGGGUCCAUUGAACGCAUCACCGAGCGCCUGGAGAAGCCAGAGCUCGAUGACCGCUCGUAUCGUGUCGUCCGUCUCGCCAACAAACUAGAGGCGCUUUUGGUGCAUGACCCAGAUACGGAUAAGGCCAGCGCCGCGGUGAACGUCAAUGUGGGGAAUUUCUCGGAUGCCGACGACAUGCCCGGCAUGGCCCAUGCCGUCGAGCAUCUGCUCUUCAUGGGGACAGAGAAGUCUACCCCCAACGGGUCUGUGAAUGGAACGGCGGCGACUUCGGAAUCGGGCAGUACAGAAUCGUCUGGUAACGGUUCGCCCUCGCCUCUUUAUGGCGCCCUGGAUCGCUUCGCGCAGUUCUUCGUGGCGCCCUUGUUUUUGGAGUCGACGUUGGAUCGCGAAUUGAGAGCGGUGGAUUCGGAGAACAAGAAGAACCUCCAGAGUGACCUGUGGCGUCUGAUGCAGCUCAACAAAUCCCUCUCCAACCCCGCACACCCCUACCAUCAUUUCUCGACCGGAAAUCUGCAGACGCUGAAGGAGGAGCCGAUGAAACGGGGGUUGGAGGUGCGCAGUGAGUUCAUUAAGUUCUACGAGAAGCAUUACUCGUCGAACCGCAUGAAGCUGGUCGUGCUCGGCCGGGAAUCGCUGGAUGAGAUGGAGCAGUGGGUGACUGAGCUCUUCUCCGGAGUCAAGAACAAGGAUCUGCCGCAGAACCGCUGGGAUGAUGUCCAGCCCUGGUUGGCCGACGACAUGUGCAAACAGAUCUUCGCCAAGCCCGUCAUGGAUACCCGGUCCAUGGACAUCUACUUCCCGUUCCUCGACGAGGAGCAUCUGUACGAGUCCCAGCCCAGUCGCUAUAUCAGUCACCUCAUCGGUCACGAAGGCCCGGGCAGUAUUCUCGCGUACAUCAAGGCCAAAGGCUGGGCCAAUGGUCUGUCCGCGGGCGUGAUGCCAGUCUGUCCCGGAUCCGCCUUUUUCACCGUGUCGGUGCGGCUGACGCAGGAGGGUCUCCGCCAGUACCGCGAGGUCGCCAAGGUGGUGUUUGAGUACAUUGCCAUGAUCAAGGAGCGCGAACCAGAGCAGUGGAUCUUUGACGAAAUGAAGAACCUGGCCGAGGUGGAGUUCCGCUUCAAGCAAAAGUCUCCCGCCAGCCGCUUCACGAGCCGUCUGAGCAGCGUCAUGCAGAAGCCGUUGCCUCGCGAGUGGCUCCUGAGCGGGUCCUUGCUGCGUACCUUUAACCCGGACCUGAUUAAAAAGGCGUUGUCUUAUUUCCGCCCCGACAAUUUUAGAAUGAUCAUCGUGUCGCAGGACUACCCGGGCGAUUGGGACUCCAAAGAGAAGUGGUACGGAACAGAGUACAAGAUUGAAAACAUCCCGCAAGACUUCAUGGCCGAUAUUCAGAAGGCAUUGGAAACCACACCGGACUCGAGGCUCCCUGAUCUGCACAUGCCCCAUAAGAACGAAUUCGUUCCCACAAGGCUGUCCGUGGAAAAGAAGGAGACCCCCGAACCGCAGAAGGUUCCCAAGCUGAUUCGUCAUGACGACCAUGUCCGACUGUGGUUCAAAAAGGAUGAUCGGUUCUGGGUGCCCAAGGCAACUGUGUAUGUCACACUGCGGAACCCGCUGGUGUGGGCCACCCCGGCCAAUCUGGUGAAGUCCCGGUUCUACUGCGAGCUUGUCAGAGACGCUCUCGUGGAGUACUCGUAUGACGCGGAGCUCGCGGGGCUGGACUACCAUCUGUCUGCUAGCAUCUUCGGACUGGAUGUGUCCGUGGGCGGAUACAAUGACAAGAUGUCUGUUCUUCUGGAGAAGGUGCUCACCAGCAUGCGCGACCUGACCGUCAACCCGGAUCGCUUCCAUAUCAUCAAAGAACGCCUCGCUCGUGGGUACAAGAAUGCCGAAUACCAGCAGCCUUUCUACCAGGUCGGCGAUUACACGCGUUAUUUGACCGCUGAGAAGAACUGGUUGAAUGAACAAUAUGCUGCGGAGCUGGAACAUAUCGAGCCUGAAGACAUUUCCUGCUUCUUCCCGCAGCUACUCCGCCAGAACCACAUCGAGGUUCUGGCCCACGGCAAUCUGUACAAGGAGGAUGCCCUCCGCAUGACCGAUUCGGUGGAAAACAUCCUCAAGAGCCGUCCCUUGCCUCAGUCUCAGUGGCACGUAAGACGCAACAUCAUCAUUCCUCCGGGAUCCAACUACAUCUACGAGCGUGCUCUGAAGGAUCCUGCCAAUGUCAACCAUUGCAUUGAAUAUUACCUCUUCCUGGGCAGCAUGACUGAUGAUAAGCUCCGGUCGAAGCUGUUGCUUUUCGCCCAGAUGACGGACGAACCUGCGUUUGACCAGCUUCGCAGCAAGGAGCAGCUUGGAUAUGUCGUUUGGAGUGGUGCGCGCUACUCUGCCACGACCAUCGGGUACCGGGUGAUCAUCCAGAGUGAGCGCACCGCGGAAUACCUGGAGUCUCGCAUCGAUGCGUUCCUGAGCAGUUUCCGGACCAGCUUGCAGGAUAUGACGGAGGAAGAAUUUGAGGGACACAAGCGCAGCGUCAUCAACAAGCGACUGGAGAAGUUGAAAAACCUGAGCUCUGAGACGUCGCGGUUCUGGACCCAUAUCGGCUCGGAGUACUUUGAUUUCCUGCAGAGCGAAAGUGACGCCGCCAACGUGCGGUUGUGGACUAAGGAUGAUAUGAUCGAAUUCUACAACCAGUAUAUCGACCCUGCCUCGCCCACGCGGGGCAAGCUCUCUGUGCAUCUUAAUGCGCAAAGCGGCGCGCAUGUGGCCCCUACGGAUCCCAAGGAGCAAAAAACACGCCUGGUCUCGUUGCUGGGUAAGCAGCUGGAGACAGGCGGCUUUGCCGUGGAUGAGGCUCGCCUUAGCACGGCCUUUGAGAAACUGGACAUCUCGACCGACGGCGUGAGCAAGAUCCUCGACGUGUUCGCAACUUUCCUGGGUGCGGAGAUGAGUCUCUCCGAACAACAGACGAAGCCUAUCCUCGAACAGGCACAGCAGAACCUUGGACUGCAUCUGAAGCAGCUCGGUCUGGAGUCCAAGUCGGCCCCCGCUGCCAACGGCGUUGAUGCGUCUAAGCACCCGGUUUACAUCACCAACGUUCCGGAGUUCAAAGCACGCCUCGCCGUCAGCGCGGGUCCCAGCCCCAUUACGGAUCUCAGCGAGUUUGAAGACUUUGAUGCUAAGCUCUAG